AUGCCCUAUACACCGUCCGGCUUCUUCUGUGACCGGCUGAUCCGGGAGAGAGAGAGAAGAGAUGGAGAAGGAUCCCUCAGCAAGCCCCUGCGCUUCAGCGGACAGGACUUUACCGCACUCAGACAAGAGUGCCUCGCCAAGAAGAGCCUGUUUGAGGAUGACACCUUCCCAGCCUCCGUGGAGUCUCUGGGCUACAAGGAGCUGGGACACAAGUCCAACAAGGUCAAGAACAUCGUCUGGAAGAGACCCAAGGAGAUCUGUGAGAACCCUCAGUUCAUUGUGGGCGGAGCCAGCAGGACAGACAUUUGCCAGGGAGAUCUUGGUGACUGCUGGCUGCUGGCUGCUAUAGCCUGUCUGACUCUGAAUGAGAAGCUUCUCUACCGGGUCGUUCCUCAGGAACAGAGCUUCUCUGAGGGAUAUGGAGGAAUCUUCCACUUCCAGUUCUGGCGCUAUGGCGACUGGGUUGACGUUGUUAUUGACGACCGCAUCCCCACCUUCAACAGCCAGCUGGUGUUCACCAAGUCUGCCGAGAGAAAUGAAUUCUGGAGUGCCCUGCUGGAGAAGGCCUACGCCAAGCUUCACGGUUCCUACGAGGCCCUGAAGGGUGGUAACACCACGGAGGCCAUGGAAGACUUCACCGGGGGCGUGACAGAGUUCUAUGAGAUGAAGGAGGCGCCCAAGGAGUUGUACAAGAUCAUGAAGAAGGCCCUGGAGAGAGGCUCUAUGAUGGGCUGCUCUAUCGACUCCCUGGUUCCUGCUCGUUUUGAGACCCGCACUGUGACUGGCCUUGUGAAGGGCCACGCCUACUCUGUGACUGCUGUUGAGGAGUGUAAGCAUUCCCAGCACAAGGAGCCUAAGGUGCGUCUGGUGCGCCUCAGGAACCCCUGGGGACAGGUGGAGUGGAAUGGGCCCUGGAGUGACAACUCUAAGGAGUGGGUGUCUCUGUCUAAGGGAGAGAAGGACAAGCUCCAGCAUCAAAGUGCUGAGGACGGGGAGUUCUGGAUGUCCUUUGAGGACUUCAAGAAGAACUACACUAAGAUUGAGAUCUGCAACCUGACCCCUGAUGCCCUGGAGGACGAUAAGAUCCACAAGUGGACGGUGUCUGUGAACGAGGGUCGCUGGGUCAGAGGCUGCUCCGCCGGGGGCUGUAGAAACUACCCAGAUACUUUCUGGACCAACCCUCAGUACCGCCUACGUCUCUUGGAGGAGGAUGAUGACCCAGAAGACAACGAGGUGGCGUGUUCCUUCGUGAUUGCUCUGAUGCAGAAGAACAGACGGAAAGAGAGGAAGAUGGGAGCCAAUCUCUUCACCAUCGGAUUUGCCAUCUACGAGGUCCCGAAGGAGAUGCACGGAAACAAGCAGCACAUGCAGAAGGACUUCUUCCUGUUCAAUUCAUCCAAGGCUCGCUGCAAGUCCUACAUCAACCUGAGGGAGGUGACCCAGCGCUUCCGUCUGAGCCCCGGGGAGUAUGUGAUCAUCCCGUCCACCUACGAGCCGCACCAGGAGGGAGAGUUCAUCCUCAGAGUCUUCUCCGAAAAGAGGAACACCUCAGAGGAGAUAGAGAACAGGAUCGAGGCUGAUCAUCCAGUGCCGGCCCCAGCCAAUGCGGGGGAGGAGAGUGAGGAGGACCAGCAGUUCCGGAGCCUCUUUCAGCAGAUAGCCGGGGAUGAAAUGGAAAUAACCGCCAACGAGCUGAAGAAUGUCCUCAACAGCAUUGUCUCCAAACAUAAGGACCUGAACACAGAGGGUUUUAGUCUUGAGUGCUGCAGGAGCAUGAUCUCUCUCAUGGACAUGGACGGGACGGGCAGACUCAACCUGCAGGAGUUCAGACAUCUCUGGAACAAGAUCAAGCAGUGGCAGGGAAUUUUCCAACACUAUAACUCGGACCAGGCUAGUAGCAUCAACAGCUACGAAAUGAGAAAUGCUGUCAACGAUGCAGGCUUCCGUCUCAACAAUCAGCUCUAUGACAUCAUCACCAUGCGCUACGCCAACGAGGGCAUGAACAUCGACUUUGACAGCUUCAUCAGCUGUCUGGUUCGCCUCGAAGCCAUGUUCAGGGCGUUCCAGGCCUUCGACCAGGAUGGAGACGGUACGAUCAGACUCAGUGUCUUGGAGUGGCUCCAGCUGACCAUGUAUGCCUAGAUUUCCAGAAAGGUGUUCUCAGCCAAUGGCCUCUCAGGAGACACACACCCAACGUGAAGAACAGAGGCAAACUACCAGC